GUGAUGGAGACGGCGAACGUGACUUAUUGAACAACGGCAGUUUCGGGUCGGCCUUUUUUCCCUUGUCACGCGCUUCAUACGAGCCGCCAGCAGGAAGAAAAGCUCGAUCUGGAAGUAGCGUCUCUACAGUGCAAAAAUAGGAACAAUUGUACUUGGAUAGCCACCAUUUUCUGACAACCCGCUUAUCCUUCGCGAUGUUUCAAACAAAUCCUACACGUUUGUGUGUUCUACGGGAUAGACCAGCAUAACUUUAGGCCAGCGUACCAGUUUUGAAGGCUGUGUGCCGAAAAAUACGCGAUAGCAUCGGAGAAGUCGUUUCGGACGAAGAAAUGCUGAAUGUCUACCUUUUCACAGCCUUCGGAUGCGUCUUUCAAAAGGUGCUUUCAGACUCAAUAAAUGCACCAGGCUGCGGCAUUGGACACCCAUUGAGCCGAAUCGUCAACGGGAGGGCAAUAUCCAAGUUUCAAUUACCUUGGAUCGUGUAUAUACAGAUUGCAAACAAGUGGUCAGCAAAGAACUUCACAGAAUCGAUGUGUGGUGGAAGCAUCAUCUCUCCAAGUUUCGUUCUCACGGCAGCCCACUGCAUCAACACGUACGGGAAACUGCCAUUCUGGACCAGAAUCUACUACAACACCACGGAGAUGUCGAAAGGCCCAAAUGUCAUUGUGGAUAAGAUAAUAAUCCACCCAGAAUUCACUUGGGAUACAUUGGCCAACGAUAUCGCCCUUCUUAAGCUUAGAUAUGCACUCGAGUUCGACCAAUAUGUGGUGCCAGUAUGUCUUCCACGUCAACAGCUGUCGCUAACCAAUAGAGAAGCAGUCGUUUCAGGCUGGGGAAGGGUGUCUGAACACGGCGACCCAUCCGAACACCUCCUCUAUAUAAAUAGACUCAUCCUUCCUUAUGAUAUGUGCAAGUCGGGAUUCAUCACAGCAGAACAAGCUGAAGCAUUCAACGAUUCGAUGAUUCUUUGUACAUCCGCGGAAGGCAAAGACAGCUGUCAGGGUGAUUCAGGUGGUCCAUUGACCGUAUGGUCAAAGCUGGGCAAGACAGUCCAGGUUGGGCUUGUUUCUUUUGGCACCGGCUGUGCGCGUGGUGACAAGCCAAGCCUGUACACACGCGUUUCAACCUACGUACCUUGGAUCAAGGAGGAGCUUGCCCGGGAUGAAAAACACCACAGUGAAGGUGAACGUAUCGACUGGACAGUGCAUCGGACGAUAAUUCCAUUAAUAAGCACGAAUACAUAGUUGAGCGUUGCAUACACACGCUCCGCCAAUUACUGGGUGAAGGAAUACGUUAUUCAUCGUUUGCUAAGUGUAAAAUGCAGCAUCGUGCAUGUAUUCAGUUCUCGCAAUUUGUGGCAUUAUAACGCGAAUGAAUCCUAAGGAAUGUUACGCGACAACUUUGUGCUAGAACGAGCAAUAACAAUAAUGAGGACGGAAUCGGAUCCGUCGCAAUUUAGAGGCCAUUUAAUGGCGUGAUUGACAUCAAAAUUGAGGAGGUGUUGUGUUCAUUGUAGUUAUCUGAAGCAAUGGUUCGUGUUUGAGUCCAUCGAGUACAUCAAGUGAUGUUUCUUAAGCGAAGUCACCUAGUAGGCGUUAAGCUCAUCCGGCAGUGGUGGUGAGGGGGGGGGCACUUUUCUUGUGGUCAUUUAGGCAAUAGUUCACAUUACGCGCCAAAACCGUCAUGCGCUAAGAAUACACAGAAAGAAACGCUCAUUUUCACCAUGCAGUACAUUAUGGUACAACAAAUCUAUUCACCAUGAAACUAAUAACAACGGAUGAAUCAGCCGAGUAGCCCGGAAUACAUUCUCUUUUGUUGCUGAGUGAUUUCCACCAGGUUCCUUUACAAAGCAGUAGUUUUGAUUUAUUAUACAGAAUUGCUGCCAUACUCUGCACAGCGUGUAGAGUUUGUAUGCAGUUGGGUUGCCACCAUCUCUUACACUUAGUUAAGCAUCUGUCCCAGACUGAUCCCUCAGGACCUAAAUAAAGUUCCUCAUUACAUACUGCAGAAACAGAGACUUGUGUACGUCGCAUACAUAGAAUGCCACUGAGACCGGAAGGCGGUUUCUCGUUCUGUGCUCAAUCACGUUAAUUGUAGCUUUGGACGCUAAAGAAAAACCUCGAAUAAAGGUAUAUUAGGUGUA